AUGUCUGAUGACGAGGAAAUGCUGUUUACUAGGCCAACAAAGACCAUACAUUAUGGAUCUUUGGAGGACUCUGAGCGACAGCGGCAGUCCAAUCUCCUGGACGAUAUUGCUGACGAGAAGGAGUCCAAAGCAUUCAAGGAAUUGGGCCAGAUUCACACAUCCAGUGAAUACUUCGAUCUGGAGAAUGAAAUAUCAAAGGACAAAGCAGCUCUGUUGGAGGAAUUUGAGAGGCGGAAGAAGGCACGACAGAUCAACGUGAGCACAGACGAUGUGGAGGUGAAAAGGAACCUCAGACAACUCAAUGAACCUAUUUGCCUGUUUGGCGAGGGUCCAGCAGAGCGAAGAAAUCGACUCCGGGAGCUUCUGGCCUCUCUCGGAGAGAACGCCAUCACGCAGAAGAUUGUUGACGAGGAGGAGCGCAAGCAGCUGCAGAAGGAGCAGGAAUCCACGUGGUAUCACGAAGGUCCAGAGUCCUUGCGUGUGGCGCGCAUUUGGAUCGCCAAUUUCUCUCUUCCCAGAGCGAAGCAGCGUCUCCAGACGGCCAAAGAGCUGCUGAGUGUGCCCAGUGCCACGAAGGCGAGCCGCAUGGUGGAGCUCCAAAAGAGACUCCAAUCCCUGGCUCCUCUUUGCAGUCAAGUGGGCGACACGCGUCCCGUGAGUCAUUGCUGCUUCAACGCUGACUCGAGUCUCUUGCUCACGUCCUCUUGGUCGGGCGUGUGCAAGCUCUGGACGAUUCCCAACUGUGAACUCGUGCAGAACUUCCGUGGCCACGCGUGCCAUGUGGGCGGAGUUGCCUUCCGGAAUAAUGUGCCUCGCGAUGCCAUGAACGAAGUGGCGAUGGCUUCUGGAGCGGCGGAUGGAACGGUCAAGCUGUGGGCAUUUGGGAAUGAGGAAUCAAUUGCUGACAUCACAGGCCACAUGCCUCAUCGAGUCUCAAGGCUGGCUUUUCAUCCCUCCGGAAGGUUUCUAGGCACUGCUUGUUAUGACGCUUCCUGGCGUUUGUGGGAUUUGGAGCAGAAGCAGGAGGUACUGCAUCAGGAGGGACAUGCUAAGGCUGUCCACUGCAUUGCCUUCCAGGAUGACGGGAGUGUCUGUGUAACGGGGGGACUCGAUGCCUUCGGACGCGUCUGGGAUUUGAGAACUGGGCGAUGUAUCAUGUUCCUCGAGGGACACUUGAAGUCUAUUUACGGCGUGGACUUCUCCCCGAACGGCUUCCAAAUGGCCACGGCGAGUGAAGACAACACCUGUAAAAUCUGGGACUUGCGGCGCCGACAGCCAGUCUACACAAUCCCUUCCCACACCAAUCUCGUCUCGGAUGUAAAGUUUCAAAAGAAGAGUGGCGAUUUCCUGGUAACAGCGAGCUACGAUAAUACAGCUAAGAUUUGGUCUAAUAGAACGUGGCAGCCGCUGAAAACUCUCUCUGGGCACGACAGUAAGAUUAUGAGUGUGGAUAUUUCGCCCAAUUCGCAGUACAUUGUUACAACAUCGUACGAUCGCACGUUCAAAUUGUGGUCAGCGGAAUGAAUAAAAAAUAUUUCGGAAAUCUCGUCUUUUGCCAACUUCACUCGGUUAUGUUGUUCAUGUGUCACUUUUGGGA